AAUCAGUCUUGUUGUUGAAGAAAUUGGAUGAUUCAAACUUCGGUUUUGUACGGAGAUCCUCUCUCUGUCCAGUUCUGAAGAUCAGUCUUAUAUAUUUGGUGUCUGUCCUUGCGUUACCCAUUAUCUGUUUCAGUCCUGAAGAUCCACAAGAAGCUAGGAAAGAUGUACGAAAAGAUAUCAGAGAAUGGCUUCGGUGAGGAAGAUAGAGAACUUUCUACUCCUUCAAAUGACAAGGUUGACCCCGGAAAACCUGCGCUUCUGGCAUGGAAACGGAAGAUAAACAACGAGAAUAUGUCCCCUUUGCAGUUCUCUUUAAGUCUGCGAGACACAAUACAUCUGGCCCCAAUAGGUAUUCGGCUAUGGCGUUUACAUAGGGAAGAAUCAGCAAAAGGGAAGGAUACUUUUAUUGAUCCAUUUGCCAAGCACUUUGUAACAUCUUCACAUGGCAUUCCCCUAGGAGGUAUUGGCUCAGGAAGCAUUGGUAGAAGUUAUAAAGGUGAAUUUCAGCGCUGGCAACUUUUUCCUGGAAGAUGUGAAGAGAAACCCGUCUUAGCAAAUCAAUUUUCUAUUUUUGUUUCACGCUCAAAUGGUGAAAAAUAUUCUAGUGUUCUGUGCCCAAGGAGCUCAGAAUUGCUAAAGGAAACUGCUAAUUCAGGAAUUGGAUCCUGGGAUUGGAAUAUGAAGGGGGGAAAUUCUACAUAUCAUGCACUGUACCCAAGGGCAUGGACUGUUUAUGAUGGAGAACCUGAUCCUGAACUUAGAAUUGUUUGCCGUCAAAUCUCUCCUGUAAUCCCACAUAAUUACAAGGAGAGCAGCUUCCCAGUCUCAGUGUUUACUUUCACGCUCUAUAAUUCUGGGAAGACUGCUGCAGAUGUCACUUUACUUUUCACAUGGGCGAAUUCAGUUGGAGGGGAUUCUGAGCUUUCUGGUCAUCAUUCCAAUUUGAAACUAAGUGCGAAAGAUGGUGUGCACACUGUUCUCCUACAUCACAGGACUGCAAAUAGGCUAUCUCCAGUGACGUUUGCAAUUGCAGCACAGGAGACUGAAGGUGUUUAUAUAUCCGAGUGCCCUUGUUUUGUAAUAUCUGGGAAUUCACCAGGUAUUACAGCGAAAGAAAUGUGGCAUGAGCUAAAAGAGCAUGGCUCCUUUGACCACCUUGAUUCUGGUGGGAAACAAGUGCCUUCACAACCUGGGUCAGCUAUUGGUGCAGGCAUUGCCGCAUCCAUGACAAUUCCAUCAGAUGCGACACGUUCUGUUACAUUUUCAUUGGCAUGGACUUCCCCCGAAGUGAACUUCUUAAGUGGGAAAACUUACAACAGGCGUUACGUGAACUUCUAUGGUACUCAUGAAAAUGCUGCUGCUGAUAUUGCAUAUGAUGCUAUUCUAGAGCAUGGUGAUUGGGAGGCUCAGAUAGAAGCCUGGCAAAGACCUAUUAUUGAAGACAAAAGGCUUCCCGAAUGGUAUCCAACCACUCUCUUUAAUGAGCUUUAUUACCUUAAUUCUGGAGGAACAGUUUGGACUGAUGGGUCACCUCCAACCUGUAGUUUAGCAAGUAUUGAUGAAAGGAAGUUUUCACUUGAUAAGUCACGAUCGGGUUUGAUGAAUACAGUUGGUUUAUCCCAUAAAGAUGAUACUCCUGUUGAUAUUCUUGGAAGGAUGGCUUCAAUACUUGAGCAGAUGCAUGCUCCAGUUACAUCAAAUUCUGCUUUUGGACCAAAUUUGCUUCAAGAAGGAGAAGAAAACAUUGGUCAAUUCCUUUAUCUUGAAGGGGUUGAAUAUCGCAUGUGGAACACAUAUGAUGUUCAUUUCUAUGCAUCUUUCUCCCUAAUCAUGCUAUUUCCUAAGCUUCAACUUAGCAUUCAAAGAGAUUUUGCAGCAGCAGUAAUGAUGCAUGAUCCCAGUAAGAUGUCACUUCUUGAUGAUGGACAGUGGGCUCCAAGAAAGGUUCUUGGGGCUGUUCCUCAUGAUAUUGGACUUAAUGAUCCGUGGUUUGAAGUGAAUGCGUAUUGCCUAUUUAAUACAGAUAGGUGGAAAGAUUUGAAUCCAAAAUUUGUUCUUCAAGUUUACCGAGACGUUGUUGCCACUGGUGACAAGAAAUUCGCACAAGCUGUUUGGCCCUCAGUUUAUGUUGCGAUGGCUUAUAUGGAUCAGUUUGAUAAAGAUGGAGAUGGGAUGAUUGAGAAUGAUGGCUUCCCUGAUCAGACAUAUGACACAUGGUCUGUGUCUGGUGUGAGCGCUUAUUGCGGAGGGCUUUGGGUGGCAGCCUUGCAGGCUGCUUCAGCUUUAGCCCGUGAAAUAGGUGACAAUGGUUCUGCAGAUUAUUUUUGGGUGAAGUUUCAGAAGGCUAAAGUUGUGUAUGAGAAAUUAUGGAAUGGUUCGUACUUCAAUUAUGACGACAGUGGCAGUCCUACAAGUUCGUCCAUUCAAUCUGAUCAAUUGGCGGGGCAAUGGUAUGCACGAGCAUGUGGUCUUUCGCCAAUCGUUGACGAAGGCAAAGCAAGAAGUGCCCUUGAAAAGGUUUAUAAGUUCAAUGUCUUGAAGGUGAAGGAUGGGAAGCGGGGCGCUGUAAAUGGGAUGUUACCUGAUGGAAGAGUUGACAUGUCAUCAAUGCAGUCUAAAGAAAUAUGGUCUGGAGUCACAUAUGCAGUUGCUGCAUCAAUGAUUCAAGAAGGUAUGACAGAUAUGGCAUUUCAAACUGCCAGUGGAAUCUAUGAAGCCGUAUGGUCCGAAGCAGGACUUGGUUACUCAUUUCAAACUCCGGAGGGGUGGACCGUCAACGACCAGUAUCGAUCUCUAUGUUACAUGCGUCCGUUGGCGAUAUGGGCAAUGCAAUGGGCUUUAACAAAGCCAAAACUUGACAAGCAGGGAAUGGAACCAGAAGUGAAUCAAGAAUCCCUACUCAGACAACAUGCCGGAUACUGCAAAGUUGCUCGCCUUCUUAAGCUGCCGGAGGAGAGAUCAGCUAAAAGUCUGCUGCAAACUGUUUUUGACUACACUUGCAAGAGAAUGACGUGAUGAUGAUUUUACAGAGAGAUGCACCAGCAGCUAGCUAGUUGAAAAAAAUAGUUCAUUAUCUGUCUUAAACAAAUUGAGAUUGAAUUUCAUUGUUAUGCACACUACUCAAAUAUUACGUUUACACCAUUUUUAAAAAUUUUGUAUUUCACAUAAA